UACAGCAUUACGAUUAUCGUAAGCGGGACACUGCUGCAAAUGAAUAAGUCAACAUGUAACAGCUAAUAUCAUCUUUUUCCCACGUAAGAUUCCAUCUUCUAUGACAUAUUCCAUUGAAAAAACACUUCACACAACGGACAGGAAAACUGCACGACUACAUAUACAUGCAUGUACUCUGUAACCUAGUCUUAAAGACAUAGACAAGAUUCUAAUUGGACAAAAAAGAUAAGUAAGAUAGACGAAUCAACUGAAAUAAUGAACGGGAAAUAGAUGCACAUGUAGAUUUACAAGAAAAUACAAUUACAAAUAGAUGAUUGAUGAUCCUUUUGCUUUUCUUCUUCUUGAUGCGGAACCGACACGAAGCAAAGCCAGUUGAUGAAAGUUGGGCACAGCCAUCAUUCUCAACAGUUAUAUACUACGUAGGAUGUUGCUUGUUGGUACUGCAUGGGAGAAGAUACACCACGGAAAUCAUGAGUUUUUAUGCAGAUGAUCGACCGACAUGCCAUAUUCAUCUAGAAGAGGCUGGGGGAUCUCUGGGGAAUCUUCCCUCUGUGAAGACACGACUUUGCGAUCGUCACAUAGACAUUGACCAGUAUAUUUUUCAGAAUUGUAAGAGGUAUUACCAAAAAGAACAAAUGUUGAACAUCAUGAAGUCAUCGAGCCGCAAAUGCAACUGCUGUACCAAAAGCUCACCUUGGAAGAAAGCGAAACAAGACUACAAAU